AUGUCGCGCGUAAAGUACCGGGAGUUGCGCAGCCGCGCAAUGGAGCAGGAUCCAUGUGUUCAACUCGAAAGUCUGCCUGCAUUUGACUCUUUCGUCGAUGCCGAUCUAUGCAUGAUGGACGUGCCUGAUGUGAUGUCCUGGGAUCAACAAGAUGCCGACUCGGUCUUGCUGACAGACAACGGGGCAUUGGAUACUGCCAUCUGCAAUGCUGGGCAGGAUGCUGUCAAUGCCUUGAGUCAGAAUGACUGCCCCGGCUUGACUCCUGAUAUCCUGCCGACCUGGGACGACAAUAACAACAGCUUUGGAGGCUUCGAUCUUCCAAUGGGCUUGAACAACACGAACUACUCCAAGACUGGGUCUCCGAUGUCUCAAACAAAUAUCUCAACUCACCAAUUUAGUGGGCUAUCCGCUGGGUUGGCUGAGCCUUAUGCGAGGCUGUCGGAAGGCAUUGAAUUAUCUGGUGACGAGGCGAUAGAUUAUAGUAAGACGGAUGACGAGGUCGACGGAAAAUUUACAAACUUGGAAACCUACAUGAGAGUGAAUCACUUGUCGGUAGAUGACUUGAUGGAAGCAAUGGGUGCGACAGAUUUUACACAACACCUUACGAACUCUACAACAAACUUGGAAUAUGCAGACAUCUUCACAACGAAGAACGCAACGAAUACUUUCACUGAGACAACAUACCAUAUCACACCACAGAAUCCCAUGAUUGGCCACUUGGACGAUAUGAACCCAGUUCAUUUCCCUUACAGCUCAGCUACGGGAUCUGAGCCCAUGCCAUUCGGCUCGGACAACGGCAGUUCAGAUGAGAACAUGGAAACUUCUCCCAUUCCCAGUCUUCAAGCUGCUUCGUAUGACUUGGAUCCUGAUGGAAACAGCAAGCCUGGCUAUAAGUGGUGCUGCAAGCGGUGGCGGAAGAAAGACAACUUUAAGAAGCAUCUCCAGACACACAAUCCACAGCUGCUAUGCGAGGCAAGGCACUUUGGGGAAAGGCUGUGCUCCGAGGUCUUUGCACAGAAGAAGGACCUGUACAGGCACUACUGGGUUUCCCAUAAGGAGUACGCCAAGGAGCAAAAGAUUCCGGAAACUGAUUGUAUUUGCGAGCACUGCAAGAAGAAAUUCACUAGACCGGACAAUCGGAAGAGGCAUCUUGACAAAUCUCCGGAGUGCCGCGCAGCGGUUGAGCAGAGGAGACGAGAUGGAUCGUGA